GCGCAGUCGUGCGUCGCUAGUGAAGGCUGCACAGGGGCCGGGCGGGUGUGAGCGCAGUCCUGUUCCCGGUACAGUGGUCGGUGAUACAGCGGAGCGGCCAUGGCAGAACCGCAGCCCGAGCCCUGCGGCCUCACUGACGAGGCCGCCUUCAGUUGCUGCUGCGACGCGGACCCCAGCACCAAGGAUUUUUUGCUGCAGCAGACCAUGCUGAGAAUUAAGGAUCCUAAGAAGUCUUUGGAUUUUUAUACUCGAGUUCUUGGAAUGACGUUACUCCAAAAAUUUGAUUUUCCUACUAUGAAAUUUUCACUUUAUUUCUUGGCUUAUGAAGAUAAAAAUGAUAUCCCCCAAAACAGAGAUGAAAAAGUAGCUUGGGUAUUUUCCAGAAAAGCUACACUUGAACUGACACACAAUUGGGGUACUGAAGAUGAUAAGACCCAGAAUUACCACAAUGGCAAUUCAGACCCUCGAGGUUUUGGUCACAUUGGAAUUGCUGUUCCAGAUGUACAUGGUGCUUGUGCAAGAUUUGAACAGCUAGGGGUCAAAUUUGUCAAGAAACCUGAUGAUGGUAAAAUGAAAGGCCUGGCAUUUAUUCAAGAUCCUGAUGGCUACUGGAUUGAAAUUUUGAAUCCUAACAAAAUGAUAACAAUUACUUAAUUCUGUGGGAAUGUUCCUUUACGAAGUCAGUGAAGACAAAUAAAAAAUAAACAGUGUGUGAGUCAAGAUAAUUCAGAAACCAGAA